CCUCCUCUUACAGGGGGAAAAAUACUAGAAAAACAAGAAAGCCGAGAAGGCUAAGACUGCCACUCUCACUUCCUCACACCACUUAACUGCUCUGAAUACAAUAAUUGCUGAGGGGCACAGUGGUGAGGAGAGAAGAUACCAGUGUUUCACAGACUCUGCCAGACCUGGAGAUUUUACAGCUAGUUAUGUUUUUACGAGGCUGCUGCUCGUCACAGAAAAUGCCAGGAUGAUGCCUUCCUGGUGCUUAGCUGGGGCUCUGAUACCAGCCAUGGCUUUCCUCUCCGGUCUCAGACCAGAAAGCUGGCAGCCCUGCACUGAGGUGGUUCCCAAUGUGACAUAUCAAUGCAUGGAUCAGAACCUCUCCGAAAUCCCUGACAACAUACCUGCCUCAACCAGGAACCUGGACCUGAGCUUUAACCCCCUGAACAGCCUAGGGAGUCAGAGCUUCUCCAAUUUUCCAGAACUUCAGGUGCUGGAUUUAUCCAGGUGUGAUAUUCGGGUGAUUGAAGAAGGUGCCUAUCAAGGCUUAGGUCAACUCUCUAUCUUGAUAUUGACGGGAAACCCUAUCCAGAGUUUAGCCCCAGGUGCCUUUUCUGGGCUCUCACGUUUACAGAAGCUGGUGGCUGUGGAGACCAACAUACACUCUCUAAGGAACUUCCCAAUUGGAAAUCUCAGAACCUUGAAGGAGCUCAAUGUGGCUCAUAAUCAUAUCCAUUCCUUCAAAUUACCUGAAUAUUUCUUAAACCUGACCAACCUGGAGCACCUGGACCUUUCUGAUAACAAGAUUCAAAUUAUUCAUUACCAAGACUUACAAUUUCUACGUGAAAAACGCCUGGUCAACCUCUCUUUAGACCUCUCCCUGAACCCAAUCGAUUUCAUCCAACCUGGUGCCUUUAAAGAAGUAAAACUCCACAAAUUGACUUUAAGAAGUACUUUUAAUAGUAUGCAUGUAAUGAGAACUUGUAUUCAAGGGCUGGCUGGUUUAGAAGUCUACCGGUUGGUUCUGGGAGAAUUCAAAAAUGAAAGGAACAUAGAAAGCUUUGACAAAUCUGUCUUGGAUGGAUUGUGUAGUUUGUCCAUUGAAGAAUUCCGGCUUGCAUAUUUAGAUGCAUUUUCUGGUGACAUUACUGGCUUGUUUAAUUGUUUGGCAAAUGUUUCUGCAAUGUCUCUAGUGAGUCUGUAUGUUAAGAACCUUGAAAACCUUCCUAAAGAUUUCAAGUGGAAAUCUUUAGAAGUAGAGCGGUGUAAGUUUAAACAAUUUCCCCCUUUGGCACUCCCCUCACUCAAAGAGUUGAAUUUUACAAAUAACAAGGAUGCGGUUAACAUGGUAGAUAUGGAACUACCAAACUUGGAGAUUCUAAAUCUUAGUGGAAAUAGACUGAGUUUCCAGUAUUGCUGUUCUUCUAAGUAUUUGGGGACAACAAAACUUCGGCAUUUAGAUCUGAGCUUUAACGGUGUGAUUAGCAUAAAUUCAAAUUUCAUGGAUUUAUGUCAGCUAGAAUAUCUAGAUUUUCAGUACUCCACUUUGAAACACACCAAUCAGUUUACAGUAUUCUUAUGUCUCCACCAACUCCACUAUCUUGACAUCUCUUACACCCACAUCCAAGUUGCCUUUGGUGGUAUCUUUGAUGGCUUGACCAAUCUGAAAAUUUUAAAAAUGGCUGGUAAUUCUUUCAAGGACAACACCCUUUCAAAUAUCUUCAGAGACAUGAUUAACUUAACCAUCCUGGACAUUUCCAAGUGUCAACUGACGAAGGUACGCAAGGGAGCAUUUGACACCCUCCCUAAUCUUCAGGUCCUAAAUCUGAGUCACAACCACCUGGUGUAUUUGGAUCCAUCCCCUUAUGAACCUCUCCUCCAUCUCCGGGUCCUAGAUUGUAGUUUCAAUUAUAUCAUAGCUUCCAAAAGACAGGAACUACAAUUCCCUAGUAACCUAACUCAUUUAAAUCUUACUCGGAAUAACUUUGCUUGUAGUUGUGAACAUCAGCGUUUCUUGCAGUGGGUCAAGGACCAGAAGGGGCUCUUGGUAGAAGCUGAGCAAAUGGCAUGUGCAGGUCCUUUAGCUAUGCAGGGCAUGCCGGUGCUGAGUUUCAGAAAUGCCACCUGUCAAGUAAACAAGACCGCUAUUGGUGUGUCCGUGCUCAGUGUGCUCAUGGUAUCCAUAAUAGCACUUCUAGUCUAUAAGUUCUAUUUUCACCUAUUGCUUCUUGCAGGCUGUAAACAGUACGGCAGAGGUGAAAUGGCCUAUGACGCCUUUGUUAUCUACUCCAGUCAGGAUGAGAACUGGGUGAGAAAUGAGUUGGUCAAAAACUUAGAAGAAGGAGUACCCCCCUUUCAGCUCUGCCUUCACUAUAGAGAUUUUAUUCCUGGGGUGGCCAUUGCUGCCAACAUUAUCCAGGAAGGCUUCCACAAAAGCCGGAAGGUUAUUGUUGUGGUGUCUCAGCACUUUAUCCAGAGCCGCUGGUGCAUUUUCGAAUAUGAGAUCGCUCAGACCUGGCAGUUUCUAGGCAGCCGCGCUGGCAUCAUCUUCAUUGUCCUGCAGAAGUUGGAGAAGUCCCUGCUUCGGCAGCAGGUGGAACUGUACCGCCUUCUCAGCAGGAAUACUUACCUGGAGUGGGAAGACAGUAUGGUGGGGAGACACAUCUUCUGGAGACGACUCAGAAAAGCUCUGCUGGAUGGAAAACCAUUGAAUCUGGAAGGGGCAGCAGAUGCAGAAAAUGCUUACCAAGAAGCAAUCACUGCUAUCUAGGUUGGAAGCAUAUCUCCUGAGCCACUUCUCCACAUGGAUACGCUAAGUACCAAAUGUCACAGACUGCCAGGUGACUGCCAGGUAACUGCCAGGACUGGUAAUCUUGUGGUGCUUACAGUGUGGAUGGAAAAAAUAACUAGGCAAAACCCAGAACUACAGAGUUCCAACCACCUCCGUUAAGAGUCCUGACUAUGUUAGUCCAUUGAACACCCUAUCAAGUCAAAUGAGAACUAAUAAACUUAGGCCUGAUAGAAGCAGGUGGGACCUUGUUUUUCCCCUAAGCCUUUUGAAUGGAAAUAGUAUGUGGGGUUACACUUCAAUUAUUUUAAGAGAGUUUGGGAAGUUUCAAAGGCACUGGAUGUUUGCUUGCUUUGAAUCCAACUCAAUAACUCAGAUGAUUUCUCAUCCAGGAUUCUUUAAUCUCUAAAGGACAUCUGCUUAGUAUAUGCUAACUAGCAUCCUGGUCAUUCCAUCGUAUGUUUUAUUUAUUAAAUAAAAGUUCUUAAUUUAUUUUUA